AUGAGGCUAUAUUUGAUAGCUCUAGGAUGUCUUCAUCUUUCGACCGCCUUGCCAGCGACCAGGCUGGAGGACCUGGAGAUGGCUGAUGACACAAUGUCGGUGGGAUCCUACAUUCGUGAAGUGCGCGCAGCUGCGCCGGACGAUUACCACAAGUCGUACGAGAACGAGGGGGACGGCGAGAUCGGGUAUGCCCGUAAAAAGUCGGGCGGCGGGAAGAAGGGCUACCAGCACUUCGACUCGUACCACAAAAAGGCCGGCGACAACUACGAAUUCGAGAAGCAGGACUCUUACGGCCACGACGACGAAGAGCAGGACCGCGCUCACAGUCACCGUCACGAAAAAGCUGAAAAAUAUCGUGACCGGGCGCCGGAAAAUGAAGAAGAGGAAGAACCAAUAGAAGAAGACAAGGAAAAGCAACACGAAGAACUAAGAUUAGGGGGCAGUGACGGCAAUGGCGGUGUAGAAGCGUACGGGCACAACCCAGCUGAUUACAAGCUGCCUGAGAAGUAUACUUAUGGAACUGGAGAAGAAUACGACUUC